UUAUUAAAUGAAGACAUGUUGAUGAAUUCCUUGCAGCAUGAUAAACCUGGUUUACUAUCUAUGGCAAAUGCUGGUCCAAACACAAAUGGUUCCCAGUUUUUCAUCACUACUGUUCCAACUGGACAUCUUGAUGGGAAGCACGUUGUCUUUGGCCAAGUCUCUAAGGGAAUGAACAUUGUUAGAGCACUUGAAAACACACCUGUUGAGCAAGAAAAACCUGUUAAGCAAUGUGUCAUUGAUGACUGUGGUGAGCUGCAGCCAGGAGAAGAUGACGGCACAUGUGCUGAUGAUGGAACAGGCGACUUGUUGCCUGAUUGGCCUGAAGACUCAGGACUCAGCAAGAUUGAAGAAAUAUUAGAUGCAGCAGAGAAACUGAAAGGUAUUGGAAAUGAACAGUUCAAGGCACAAGAUUACAAAGUUGCCGAAAAGAAGUACACCAAGACACUAAGGUAUCUUGAUCAUGCAGAGUCAGUCGAAGAAAAAAGCUCUAGUGAAGGCGAAAAGGAUCAACCAGAUAAGGAGGAGGAAAAAAUAACACAACGUUUUAAAUCAUUGUCAAUCAGUUGUCAUUUAAACAGAGCUGCUUGUAAACUCAAACUAGGAGACAAUGCAGGAGCAGUGGCUGAUUGUGAUGAGGUUCUGGAUGAAGAUGAGAAAAAUGCAAAAGCUCUUUUCAGGAAAGGACAGGCUAAGGCAAAUAUGAACGACUUUAAAGAGGCAAUGGAUAACCUACAAGCUGUUUCCAUUCUGCACCCUGAAGAUAAAAAGAUCAGAGACGAAAUUGAAAGAGUAAAGAAGUUAAAGAAACAGAAACAUGAAAAAGAGAAACAAGUUUAUUCUAAAUUAUUUUCUUGACAGGGAUGGCAAUAUUUCUAGAAUAAUGCACCCAUUAAAAGCAAUGUUCAUCGUGUAAAAAGAUAAAAGAAGUUGCAUUUUACAACUGUGGUGUUCUGUGCCAGCCAAUAAUGAUAUUCUGUCUGUGUUUUGAUGGUGUUGUAUGCUAUGUUCUUUGUGUCACUGGUGUUUGUAUCACUAAAAAAUUGACAUCACACCGCAGAACAGUGAAAUCUUUAUUAAGCAUCCGCCCUCAGGACCUUCUUUGGUGUUCAAUUAAAAUCGGUGUGUCUGUAAUACUUGUACAAUAUUUGUCAAAAUUCAGCGGUUUUGCUAUAAUAAACUUCCACAUUUUAUAACUAUCCUGAA